AUGUCGGCCGUUCAACCUGUCGCAGUUUACGCUCUCCGGGUUCCUCCCGGAGCUUUGAUUCCUGCUGUGCCCAAUGCUGCUGCUUCGUUCCGUGUCAGCAUGGCUGCUAUUGACCCUGAUGAGACUCCCGAGUUCGAGGAUGGCGACUCAAGCAAGCCCUCGCGCGCCACCUUGAAGAUUGUUCGCGCUCCUCCCGGUCUCGACCUGGAUGAGGAUGAUGAGGACGAUGAGGACUACAGCGACGUUGAGGAUGACGAGGACUCCGAUGAUGAGGAGGUCAACGGUGGCCCCAGCGACAAGGAGAAGGCCCGCCUGCUGAAGAAGGCUGCCGCUCAAAAGGAACUCGAGGACGCCAUGGAUGAGGACGAUGAGGACGAGUCCGAUGACGGUGACUUCGACCUGAAGGCUGCUAUCUCCAAGCUCAUCAAGGGCAAGGGUCCCGCCGGCGACGAUGACUCUGACGACGAGUCUGAAGAGGGUCUGGACCUCGAUGAGAGUGUCAUCUGUACCUUGAGCCCCGAGAAGAACUGCCAGCAGACCCUCGAUAUCACCGUGUGUGAGGGUGAGCGUGUCUUCUUCAAGGUCACUGGUAACCACACUGUUUUCCUCACUGGUAACUACGUCAUCGGUCUUGAUGAGCGUGAUGAUUACGAUGAGGAGGAGGAUGAUGAGGAUGACUACGACCUUUCCCCCGAUGAGGAGGAGCUCGACAUGGAGCAGCUCCUGGCCAUGGAUGGUGAGGAGAGUGACGACCUUGAUGGCAUGGACGACCCCCGCAUCACCGAGGUCGACAGUGAGGAGGAGGCCCCUAAGCUGGUUGAGACCAAGGGCAAGGGCAAGAACAAGCGUGCCGCCGAGGAGGAGACUCUCGAUGAGAUGAUUACUAAGAGUGCCAAGAAGGCUGCCAAGGAGGAGCCUGUUCUCACCAAGGCCCAGCAGAAGAAGCUGAAGAAGAACAACGGUGAGGCCGCCGCUGUUGAGACCGAGGCCAAGAAGGAGGCCAAGACCGAUAAGAAGGUUCAGUUCGCCAAGAACCUUGAGCAGGGUCCCACUCCCUCCGGUGACAAGCCCACCGGUACCCUCGGUGUGAAGGAGGUCCGUGGUGUCACCAUUGACGACAAGAAGCUCGGAAAGGGCGUUGCUGCUAAGAGCGGUAACACCGUCGCCAUGCGCUACAUCGGUAAGCUCGAGAACGGCAAAGUCUUCGACUCCAACAAGAAGGGCAAGCCUUUUACCUUCAAGCUCGGCCGUGGUGAGGUCAUCAAGGGCUGGGACAUCGGUGUUGCCGGUAUGGCUCCCGGUGCUGAGCGCCGUCUCACCAUCCCUCCCCAGCUUGCUUACGGCAAGAAGGCCCUUCCCGGCAUUCCCGCCAACUCCAAGCUGAUCUUCGACAUUAAGCUGUUGGAGAUUAAAUAG